CCCCCCCCCAUUCAUCCAUCCAUCCAUCACUCGUGCUUCUGCGUACGUGGCUAGCCGUCCCGGGCAUGUCAUGGCGAUGAAGUGAAUGCAGAAACAGAUAUUUUUGCUACAAGUCACCCAAUCUUCGACCUGUGAGAUUUCUCGAUAUCCUGUAUUAUUGCACAAACUUUCAUCACCCCUCCUUUGCUGAUCUGGGGUUCGACGUUGGGUCUGCUGUCUGCUGUCUGUUGUCAUCUAACUGCUUCUGGACCUUGCUUUUCCGGGACGCAGCCACCAAGCAUUCUCGGGGCAGGCGAUUGCGAAAAAAAACAAAAAUUAUUAAAACGAACCUAAUUUAGAGGACAAGGACCGGAUUCCCUCUAAAUAAUCCUCCACAGCCAAUAUGUCAGAUGAGCACCUCGCUUCUCAGGCGGCCUCGAGCUUCGAUAGGCUCGAAAACUUCAACUUCCUUCUCUCUCGACACGACCCCAACCUGGCCAAGAGUCGACAUUACUCCUUUGACGCCGAUUCUGCUGGCCUCGCUGCAUUCUCCAACCUAAACAUGGACUACGACCAGACCGAGGGGAUGGGCGGACUCUCCGUCAGUUCGUACGACAGCAUCGAGGACGAGCGCAGUCCGAUCGAUGUGCGCGGAUACCCGUAUCAUGUACGGGACAAGUCCAUUAACUAUUCUGCAUCAGAUCAAAUGCUGUCCUACUCAGCUCAUCCAAUCUAUCCACCUAUCUCAUAUGGACCGCCCGAUGAUCUAGGGCACGGCCCGGGGGCUAUGACGCCCUCGGAUGUCUCGUCGUCGAUAUCCCCCCCGAAUGGUCACAUCAACCACAGCAAGUACAGCACGCAAAUCCCCGGUGACCACCUCGCCUCCGCCCUUGGCCAGGAAGAGGGAGUCCGCCGCGCUGCCGAGGAAGACCGUCGGCGCCGCAACACGGCCGCCAGCGCCCGGUUCCGCAUGAAGAAGAAGCAGCGCGAACAGGUGCUAGAACGCACCGUGCGCGAGACCACCGAGAAGAACGCCACCCUCGAAGCACGUGUCGCACAGCUUGAGAUGGAGAACCGAUGGUUGAAGAACCUCUUGACCGAGAAACACGAAGCCGGUCCUGGUCGGAUGGCUCCUCCCCCUAGCGACAGUACAGCCCUUUCCCAAGGCAAUAACGCUACCGGACCCGGACAAAAACAUAUUCAGCCAAAAAAGAAGGGCGUCGGGACCGACAACUGA